AUGGAGGAAUACAACCACGGAAAGGGAUGGCAGUGUACGACAUGUGACAAGUCAUACGAGUCUGAAAUAGCAUUUAAAGUGCAUAUGAACAGCCACUCUAGAGUCAAGCAGUAUGACUGUUCUGUGUGCCAUCAGGCAUUCAUGUAUAAGCAGUCUCGCGAUAAGCACAUGAAGAAACACCAAAAACAUCACAAAUGUGGCGAGUGUGGUGAAUUUCUGUAUGAAAAGACUCUUGAGAAGCACGUGAGGAGACACAGCGGUGAGAAGCCUUUCAAGUGUUCUGAAUGUCAGAAGGAAUUCAUGUUUCAAAACAAUCUUCAGAAACACAUGGAAGGACACACCACCCCUAGACCUCACCCAUGCCCAAAGUGUAACAGAGGAUUCUACUUCAAGAGUAAUCUGAAUAAGCAUGUGCGAAAACACACUGCCCCAAAGCCCUUCCAAUGUUCUUUCUGUAAUAAGGGAUUCAAUUUCAAGCGAGAUCUGAGGAGUCAUACCAAGUCGGCACACCCCGAAGAAGAUGAUCUUCAAUGUUCUGAGUGUUACGAGUCAUUUACUAGCUCUACAUCCAUGUAUACCCACAUGAAAACACAUUUUGACGAGAGUUCUUAUGCGUGUCCCAAGUGUAUGAAGAAACAUCCCUCUAAAUUUGCCCUCUCUGUACACAUGAGUAAGCACAUUAAGAUCGCGCGUCAUAAAUGCAGGCCAUGCAAGACGAUGCUGACUACCAGGUGCCAGCUUGCCCUUGACAUUAUGCGUAAACGCAUUGGGAGUAAGCUUCCUACGUGCUCUCAGUGUGAGAAGAGGUACAUAACCAACGAUGAGCUGAUCCGACAUGAAAACACACAAAGCAAAGAACAGCCUUCGGAAUCGGGCGGACGAGUUCAAGACAUCCUCCCCCAGGGAAUCACAAGUUAA